AUGCCGCUCAUGCCAGUGAAGUUCAACCUGCAGAAGCGGGUGAAGCUGGCCCAGGGGCUGUGGAUGCUCUACUGGGUCUCUGUGAUGGUGGGCAUCCUGAUUUUCAGCCUGGGAAUCUUCUUCAAAGUGGAGUUGAGGAAGAGGAGUGAGAUGAUGGACAAUAACGAGAGCCACCUGGUUCCCAACGUGCUGAUCCUGGCCGGGCUGCUGACCUGCGCCCUCAACGCCUUCGGGGGAAAGGUGUGCCACGACUCUCUGGACCCCAUGAAGUUCACAAAGUGGAAGCCCGUGCUGAAGAACUACUUUAUGGGCUGCCUGCUGUUCCAGGCACUGCUCCUGGUGGUGGCGCUGUUGUGCUUCCUCAUGCAGUUCUCCGUGUACCUGACGCUUGCGGACGGCCUGAAGAAUAGUAUCCGCUUCUACAAAGACACUGACACGCCCGGACGCUGCUUCAUGAAGAGGACGCUGGACAUGACGCAGAUCGAAUUUCGCUGCUGCGGAAACAACAACUUCAGAGACUGGUUCGAAGUUCAGUGGAUCAGCAACCGCUACCUGGACAUGAGCAACGAGGACGUCAAAGAUCGCGUCCUCAGCAACGUGGAGGGAAAGUUCCUGAUGGACUCGGUCCCCUUCAGUUGCUGUAACCCGGGGUCCCCGCGCCCCUGUAUCCAGCACCACUUGACCAAUAACUCCGCCCACUACGACUACGACCUGCGCACAGAGGAGCUGAACAUCUGGACCCGCGGCUGCAGAGAGGCUCUCUUCUCUUACUUCAGCUCCAUGAUGAGCAGCAUCGGAGCACUGGUCCUGGCCACCAUUGCCCUGGAGUCCGCAGACCUGGCUGGGCUGAAGUACCUGACUACGGCCCUGGAGUCCAUGAGCGACCCCGAGAACCCCGAGUGUGAGAGUGAGGGUUACCUCUUGGAGAAGAGCGUGAAGGAGACCGUGUGUGAAGCUCUAACCAAAAUCAAAUCUCUGGUCAAACCGAGUCAGGUGGCAGAGGGGGGGGAGGAGCCAGCCACCUGA